UAUGUGAAGCCAAAAGGAACUUGAUUUCAAGGCCAGACGACUAUAAAUAUAGCUUCCUCAUGCUACCAAGUCCAAAACAAUACUAACCGCAUAAAUAAUUUGCCUUUCAGCUAUAUACGCUCAGCAGGCAGAUGGCAGAAACACUCGACGAUACCAAAUCAAAGAGGAUUGCAAUUGUAACAGGAGGCAACAAAGGGAUAGGCUUUGAGAUAUGUAGACAGUUAGCUUCUAAAGGGAUUAUGGUGAUCUUAACAGCUAGAGAUGCAAAGAAGGGUAAUGAAGCUCUUGUAAAGCUAAAAGCUGAAGGACUUGUUGAUGUGGUAUUUCAUCCACUGGAUGUGGCAGAUCCAGCUACUGUUGCUACCUUAGCAGAGUAUAUGAAAACCCAGUUUGGAAAGCUUGAUAUAUUGGUAAACAAUGCAGGGAUAACUGGAGCUAUAAUCAAUCCAGAAGACAGGAAGAACUUGAAUCUAGGUGAUCUUGAUGUUAUUACAGGACCAAAAGCUAAGUCAAUAAAAAAAUUUGUGAAACAAACUUAUGAAACGGCAGAGAAUUGCCUAAAGACAAAUUACUAUGGAAUCAAGCAAGUUUCCCAAGCAUUAAUUCCAGUUCUUGAACAGUCCAAAUCUGCAAGAAUUAUCAAUGUCUCUUCCACCCUGGGGCAGUUAAAGCUAAUUCCAAAUGAAACAGCCAGAAAAGAGCUUGGUGAUGUUGAUGGCCUCACAGAAGAGAAGAUUGACAAGGUUGUAGAAGAGUUCCUAGAGGAUGUUGAGCAGGACCUGGUGGAAACUAAAGGUUGGCCCACAAUUUUUUCUGCUUACAAGGUGUCCAAGGCAGCUGUUAACGCUUACACAAGGGUUUUGGCAAGCAAGUAUCCAAGAAUUGCCAUAAAUGCAGUUUGUCCUGGCUUCACUAAAACAGAUUUGAAUGGAAAUACUGGGGGCCAGCCUGUUGAAAAAGGUGCAGAAGGUCCUGUCAAGGUGGCUUUGGCACCAGAUGGUGGUCCUUCUGGCUUUUUCUUUGAUCAGACAGAAAUAUCAACUUUUUGAUGAGUAACACCAUGUAGUGGCAAUUUCAUAUGCAUUUUAUUGCAAUAAAUAAAGUUCCUAUUUAAUACAUUAAA